CGCAGGACAGCGGAAGUUUGAGUGUGAAGAUCCAGCUGGUCUCCCGGCUGCUCUCCCUGUCACCCACAGCCAGCCAGUCCCCCCUCACAGCCAGAGCCUCACAACUCUUAGCCAGCAGGGGACAUGGACUUAGAAAACAAAGUAAAGAAGAUGACUUUAGGUCACGAGCAGGGAUCUGGAGCCCCAUGUUUAAAAUGCAAGGAUAAAUGCGAAGGAUUUGAACUGCAUUUUUGGAGGAAAAUUUGCAGAAACUGCAAAUGUGGGGAAGAAGAGCAUGAUGUUCUUUCCAAUAACGAAGAUGACCGGAAAGUGGGUAAACUGUUUGAAGACACAAAAUAUACUACUCUAAUAGCCAAGCUGAAAACCGAUGGAAUUCCCACUUAUAAAAGGAAUGUGAUGAUUCUUACCAAUCCGGUCUCAGCAAAGAAGGAUGUAUCUAUCAAAACAGUAACUUACGAAUGGGCUCCUCCAGUGCAAAACCAGACCUUGGCCAGGCGCUAUAUGGAAAUGAUCCCGAAAGAGAAGCAGCCGGUGGCAGGUUCAGAAGGUGCUCAGUACAGGAAGAAACAGCUGGCUAAACAGCUGCCUGCUCACGAUCAAGAUCCUUCCAAGUGCCAUGAAUUGUCUCCAAAUGAGGUCAAGCAAAUGGAACAGUUUGUGAAGAAAUAUAAAAAUGACGUUCUAGGCGUGGGAGAUGUGAAGUUGCCCAAAGAAGUGGAGGCGCAAGCUGCAGGAAAAAGUCCCACUGAUGGGGACCGGAGCUCUGUGACAACAGUUAGGAGUCCCGAGAGCAAGGCAGCAGCUCAGAAACCGUCCAACUUUUACUGCUUCAAGUGCAAAGAGAACAUGAGAGAAGGUGACCCCGCGGUUUACGCAGAGCGGGCUGGGUACGACAAACUUUGGCAUCCUUCGUGCUUUGUCUGCUUCGUCUGCAGUGAACUUCUAGUUGACAUGAUCUAUUUUUGGAAAAACGGGAAACUCUAUUGUGGCAGACAUUACUGCGACAGCGAAAAGCCGCGGUGUGGCGGUUGCGAUGAGCUUAUUUUCAGCAAUGAGUACACUCAAGCAGAAGGUCAGAACUGGCAUCUGAAACAUUUUUGUUGCUUCGACUGCGACUGUGUCCUAGCAGGGGAAAUCUACGUGAUGGUGAAUGAUAAGCCAGUCUGUAAGCCGUGCUACGUGAAGAACCACGCUUCGUCCUGCCAAGGCUGUCACAAUGCCAUCGACCCAGAGGUCCAGCGUGUGAGUUACAAUGGCUUCCAUUGGCAUGCCACUGAAGAGUGCUUCCUAUGCUCCUGCUGCAGCAAGUGUCUGAUUGGACAGAAAUUCAUGCCGAUUGAAGGAAUGGUCUUCUGCUCUGUGGAGUGCAAGAAAAAAAUGACGUCGUAGAAAAUUUCUAUUUCAUUUUGGGUUUUUUUCUGCAAUGGAUAAAUAGAACUAUAA